UAUUGUAGGAAAAGUGCGUCGGCAAUCAGUGGUUGGCGUUUUAUUCUAAAUUAUGAAUGUGAACCACAUUAGAUUAGGUAAAAUAAAUAGGAAGAAACAAAUUAAGUUAGUUGCACAGGUGCUUUUACGCGCCUAAUUUGACGCAGCCAGCCAGUGGAUGCCUUUAUCUUGCCUUGGAAUGAGCUGUAAAUAUUGUAUCCAGGUUUUAUUCGACUCCUUGUCCAGCUUUUAGACAAUGGCGGUUAGGGUGCGUGUACAGAAUGCAGCGCUGUGAUUCAGUACCGCUGCCAAAUCCACUCUAGGACCCAAAAAAAGCUCUCUGCAUCCCACCCCCGGGCUUUCUCUGUCUAGCGUUCAUUCACUAUGAUGCGCGCCUAGUUGGAGGAGGCUCUCCGUACCCGGUUCCCCCUCUGCAUGCCCCAAACUUUCUAAUGAAACCCCCCACACACUUUUUGACGAAUAUUAUUACUUUGUAGCGGGUCAAGAAGGCGUUCCGACUAAUUUAUCAGCAUUUAUUAGUGAGAAGAAAACUCCAGAUCAUGGACCCCAGUGCCACAGAAGGGGUAGCUGAGGAGAAGCUUACUAAAACUCCUCCGCCCAAGGUGAUACUCAAACAUGGCGUGGAGCUGGAGGAAGAACAGGAGGAGCUGGCUGAGCAUCAGCCCCUGGAGCAGGAGGACCUGAACUUCGAAAGAUGGAAGCGCAGGCCGGUUCCCAAGAGGACGCUCCACCAGAAGAUAGCUGACCUUAAGAAGUACCUGUGGAAUGCAGAAACCAAGGAAUUCAUGGGUCGCUCUGGCAAGAGCUGGAGCCUCAUCCUGCUGUUCUACGCUGCACUGUACAUAUUUCUGGCAGCCAUGUUUGGUGGCUGUUUGUUUUGCCUCAUGUGGUCCAUCAGUCCCUACCAUCCCACCUUCAAUGACAGAGUAAUGCCACCAGGUUUGACGAUGGCCCCACACCUAGAAGGCCACGACAUCGCUUUCAAUGCAUCGGACCGCAAAUCCUGGAAGAAGUACGCCCGGUCUAUGGAUGAAUAUCUAAGACCGUAUAAUGACGGUGCUCAGGAGAGGAAGAAUAUUCGUUGCACACAAGACUCAUACUUCAUGCAGGACGACCUGGAGGAGAGUGCAGAGCGGAAAUCGUGUCAGUUCAAGCGGUCCUGGUUGGGGGAGUGUUCAGGGCUGCAGGACCCCCACUAUGGCUAUUCUCAGGGAAGGCCAUGCGUCCUGCUCCGAAUGAACCGGAUUCUUGGUUACCUACCUGGCCAGGGUAAACCAAUAAAUGUCUCUUGUGGUGUUAAGAAAGGACCUCCAGAAGCCUUAGGAGAAAUGCAGUUUUUUCCUAAAAGCAUUUUUGACAUGAAAUACUACCCUUACUACGGGAAGCUCAGACAUGUGAACUACUCCUCGCCGGUGGUGGCUGUUCGUUUCACAGGAGUGCAGCAGGACGCCCACAUCCACGUGCAAUGCAAACUGAACGGAAAGGGAAUCAUUAACGAUUCACCCACCGACCGCUACCUGGGCAGCGUGACCUUCACCCUGGAGGUUGGAGCGUAAAGGCAAAGACAUUGCUGCCGACGGGAUGCUCCCAUGAUGGAGGCAGGAAAACAUGUACAAGACAAGAAAUAUUUUAAACUUUUAUUUUUUCUUGAAUUAUUUCCCUCUCCUCACCAGUCUCUAUAAUACCCAUGUCUUCUGCUGUGAAACAAAUAAGGAACUAGAUUUAUACAUUUUUAUUUGCAUCUGUUGUUUCUUGAACCUUAAGCAGGGUGUUGGCACCCACAAGAAACAGUGCUGAGCACCGGAAAGCUGCAAAGCGGGAAUUACAAUUCAGCUCCUCACAUUUUAGAAUGAUUAGCAAAAUUAAUUAAAACUAAAUUAAACUCUGCCCAAUUAGUUAGCAUUUCUGGCUAUGCAAAUCCAAUUCUGACUUAAAGCAUUAAUAGGAAAUUAGAAAUGUCGGCAGGUUAGAUGAUGGUUGUUCUUGCACAUUUUUUAAUGGUGAUAAGGUACUAAUUUUGUUUUGAAUUAUAUUGUUCAAUUAAGUUGUAAGAAUUCAAAGAACUAUCAUGCAAGCGCUGAAAAUAAGACUUGUGCUGUACUUAUACAGAAGAAAUGACAUAAUAAAUGCAAAUACAUGAUUACUAUAUUUUUGUUGAAUAGAGGAGUAUUUUAAAUUUAUGAUGUAUGUUUCUUUUUUUUGCAAAAGUAAAACACUAUACCAGACUGAUCAAUAAAGACAAAUAUUAUGCUAAGUAAUAAUUCUUUACAGGUCUGUGCUGUUUCAAAAUAAAAUAAGUACUAUGAAUUCA